AUGAAUAGUAUGGAUGAGUUAAAGGGGGAACUAUGCCUUUAUCACUUUGAUGAGCUUGAUUGUUCUUCAACUAGUUGGGUCCAGAGGCUUGAUUUUCUUCUCAAUCCUUUUGGUAUCUUCGAGUAUGCUCGAAGUUUGAAAGCUGAGGGUAAUACCUUUUACAGAAACAAUGACUUUAAGUCAGCAAUUGCACAAUAUAGUCAAGCCAUCAAGUUCCUGUUUUUUGCGAACGUUACUAAUGAGGAGGACAAGUCUGUGUUUUUAAGCCUAGCUUUAGCUAUCAAUCUGAAUUUGGCUGCGUGUUUUAUCAAGAAAAAGGAUUUUAAGAAAGUAGGUGAGUUAUGCUCUCUUAUUUUAAUGUAUGACGCUACCAAUGCCAAAGCUUAUUUUAGGCGAGCUGUUGCAGCUCUGGAACUUAGCCAACUCGACAUAACAUUAAUAGAUAUUAUCCAACUCUUAAAUUCCACCAAUAUAUUGGAGAAUUUCAACAAAAAUUCAAUGAAGUAUCGUCAGUGUUAG